CGCUGACACUCGUCAGGACGGCACACCUGAGAUAUCGCGCUCUAGAGGUUGCGCGUACGGGUCCAGACUUCUCACUUCGUGAAUCGCUGCUCCAUACUAACCCCUGAAUGCGUCAUGUGUCCUUCCACCUCUAGUACAAUAGCAUCCUCCAUUCCACCAUUGUAAAAACUGUUCAUUCGCUCUCCUGGAAUGACCUCGGCACACCUGCGACCUUUGCGCGCGAGCUUCUCGCGUCCGCAGGACCGUCCGUUUCGCGGAAGAGCGAUAGACUAUGGUUCGUUUUGAUUGGGCGAUGGGAUAUCGGUCGAAAACCGAAAGAUCCAAGGGGCACUUGGAUAUCCGCGUGAAGAGCAUCGGGUGGAAGGAUGGCGACUCCUGCUGCGUACCAGACCCCCGACUCGAAGAAAGAGGAGUUCCGCAAGUACUUGGAGAAGAGCGGUGUGAUUGACUCGUUGACCAAAGUGCUCGUCGGGUUGUAUGAAGAAUCUGACAAGCCGCCGAACGCUGUCGACUACAUCAAACGGUUUAUGGGUGCACCGACGGGGGUCGACGUUGAAGCAAUGCGUCUUGAGAACGAGGAACUGAAGAAGAAGAAUGCCGAGCUAACCAAGGUCAUCGAGGAGCUCAACAAGCGCCUCACAGCAGAAGAAGAAGAAGAGGACGACUGAAGCAGUGCAACCUAACGAGUAUACUCUGCAUAUUAUGGAUACGUGUUGCACUUGGUCGGGGCCACCACCAACGUCAACACUGAACGUUGCAAUUGCGCUGGCAAAUGCAGCAUUUUUCUCCGUCCUUGGCGCAAACCUAUGUCGACCCAAUGCUACAGCUUUCCAACAGGACCAAUACGAGGC